AUGGAUCCUCAAUUCGCUUCUAACAAGCGUAUCCGAAAGCACUCAUUCGUGCGAAAAGAGGUUUUCUUUUUGGGAGACAGCAGACAAGAGUCAAGUGUUGAGAAGAAAACCUCACUCCGGCCAGAUAGACGUGACAAGGUAGUGCCACAUAAGGGGCAUCCUGUCCAACAAGGCUCAGGAAGUUCUGGCGCCAAAGUGCAAACGGAUCCGCCUAUGGAUCCUCAAUUCGCUUCUAACAAGCGUAUCCGAAAGCACUCAUUCGUGCGAAAAGAGGUUCUCUUUUUGGGAGACAGCAGACAAGAGUCAAGUGUUGAGAAGAAAACCUCACUCCGGCCAGAUAGACGUGACAAGGUAGUGCCACAUAAGGGGCAUCCUGCCCAACAAGGUUCAGGAAGUUCUGGCGCCAAAGUGCAAACGGAUCCACCUAUGGAUCCUCAAUUCGCUUCUAACAAGCGUAUCCGAAAGCACUCAUUCGUGCGAAAAGAGGUUCUCUUUUUGGGAGACAGCAGACAAGGGUCAAGUGUUGAGAAGAAAACCUCACUCCGGCCAGAUAGACGUGACAAGGUAGUGCCACAUAAGGGGCAUCCUGUCCAACAAGGCUCAGGAAGUUCUGGCGCCAAAGUGCAAACGGAUCCGCCU